CGCGUGUAUAUAGGUUGCUGUUGUGGUAUCCAGGCAGAAUAGGCAUCUUCUGCCUGAGAUUGUUGAGGAGUAUAAAGUCCUCCUAUCACAAUUGUACCCAAGAGGGCCAAGAUGGUGCUAUAUUCAUCGUGAUGGAAUAGCCCAGUGCCCCUCGCUGGAGUUCAAGCAGUAUGAAGGGAAUAUACCUGUGGGUCCUGGUGAAGCACGAGAGCUACAAGAUGGAUAUUUUGAGCUGUGCAUCAGUAAGAAGGAUGGCAGUGAGCUCAAAGAUUUGAGUGUAAAGGACCCUCCACAAGAGCUUGAAGGAGACAGUGACACAAAGGAGGGUCUGCACAAGACAUUAUCUAGAGUUCAUGGAGUUGAGCAAUUUGAUCCCCAGGGUAAUCAAAAGGAUUAUGUCAAGUUUAUUGAAGACCAUAAGGAUCACAUUAAGCAGAGACUGGCGGAAGGAUUGGAGUGGUUUUACAAGGAAAAAAGGAAGCUGUGCAUUCUUAAGUUAGAGGGAAGGUUUGGCAAAAUACUAUGGAAGCAUUUACCCCAAGUUAUGUGUGGUGGCAGUUUUGGGGUUAAGGAUUUUGAAGAAUUUUGUUAUGAGUCAAAAGAGUACUCAAGAACAUUCAGACCAAAUGUAAAACAGGGGUCCGCUGAUACAGUCAGGGGAAAUUUUCAGGAAGCAGAAAGUUGUGUUCUGGAGACAUUUGAUAUCAAGUUUACUACACCAAGGAGAGAGAGCGAAAUGCAAUAGAUGUGCGUGUGAAGUUUGAACAAGGCAAACCAAUACUUCUUCUUGCAAAGAAAAAUGAAAAGAAAAUUGUGGUCUUUGAUGUUCUCUACCUGCAUAGAAACCAUGAUGUUCGAAUGUCCCUGAGCUACUAUGAGGUUGUACAGCCAGGCUCUGCUGAGCAUGCAGUGGUAGAGCAACUUCUGAAGACCAUGUCACUCGAAGAGGACAAGGAGACCAUCGCACUUGUAACUAAAACUGGUGAUUGGUGUGUGAACUUCAUUCGUCACAAGAAGAAGAAGACUUACUACCACAAAAAUAAAUACCUUGUCACUGUGACUGAGGUUUCUGAGUUUCAGCUCGAGAGAGAGAGCCAAAAAAGCUCACAAGUCCAUAUUUAUCCUGAUAAGUACAGAAAAAGUCAUACUGAGUGUGAGCUCCACAACUGCUCGUGGGAUUGUGCAUUUGGUCGUGAUGUUGGUUUCCUUCCGAAGCAGUCCCUCAUCCUACACAUGGAGACUCCAACUGUGGCACCUGAGGUGGAGAGAGCUAUCCCGCAUCCCUGGCAGCCUGAACACAUCAUGGAGGAUUUUGAGGACUUUUGGAAGACUUUGGACUCUAUAAACGAACAGCUAGCGGCGGCGAAGCGACGUGAUAAAAGGGCCGCCGGUGCAGCACGGAGCAUUGCGAGCUGCAUUGCGAUGUCUGGGCACCAAGGUGGAAGAGGACGGGGCCACUGCGACAAAUACAAGUACCUGGGAAGAUGCGAUAAACUGGGUACAACGUGCACCUUUCGACACGAAGUGGUAGCAAGCCCGACCUACGCGGAAUAUUUACCCGUUCCUGCUGGUACGACAAUCGGCAUGGUCAUUGGAAGUGGAGGCUGCAACAUGAAACAAAUGCGCAGCAUUGCUCGCUGCGGAGUCAUAGUGGAGAAAGACAAGGUUUCAAUUGGCACCGAUAGCAGGGAAAAUCUAAAAUUACUGGUUGAUAAAAUGAAGCUGAUUUUAUCCCAAGAGCGUGUAUCUGGUCCAUCAUGGACCUAUAUACACCCACAAGGGGUGUCCAGCCUUGGCACAUAUGAGUUUAUACCUUACCAAGGGCGAAUACCAGUCAGAGCACUACGACCUGGACUCACCAUGUAUGAGUUGUAUGGAGAUUUGCCCCAGGGAGGAACAGAUGAAGAUGACAUUGUUAGAGGAGUUGCUGCUAUGAGCCCCAUUACAGCUGAUGAUAAAAGAGAAGGUCUGCAGAGUAAACUGAGACAACUCCAUGGUGAAACUCAAGCAGCAUUAUUGUGCAGAAUUCACCUUGAACCAAAGAGAAAUAUUAAGCAGUCUCUCACUGAUGGCUUGAGGCUGCUUUGUGACAAAAAGGAACAACUCAUUACAAGACUUGAUGCUAGAUUUGGAAAGGUUACUUGGAGUAAAUUCCCUGAAGAGGUCUACAGACGAAGAAUGGAUAUUCAAGAGCUGGGAGAUCUACUUUUCGUAGAGCAGAGCAAACACAUAAACAUAUUCAACACAGACAUCCAGGCUUUAGGUGCUGAGGCUAUCCGUAAAAAAUUUAGACGCUCUCCUAGCUACCCUCUGGAGACUUUUGAUGUGAAGUUGACAAGUAUCGGGAGUGUGGGAGGAGAAGGAGAAACAAGACUCGACAUUCGUCUGCUCGUGAGGAAAAGCGAUGAUGGAAGAACAGGUGUAGAGGUGGCUCUCGUGAAAAAGAAUGAGAUCAAAGAUGUCACUUUUGACAUCCUUAACAUACAUCGAAAACAUGAUGUGCGUAUCGGCCUUCACCACUACAAGUGUGUGGAGGAGGGAGAGCCUAUUUUUGGUAUUGUUAGGGAGAUGGUUGGCCGAAUGGCCUUUCCGUCUCGUCACAGAGUCCGCUUCCAGCCGAGAUCUUCGCGGUGGAGUGUCCAUCUCAUCCGCCACAAACAGAAGACGACAUACAUAAUGGACGGCGGAGGUUUUGCUGUCACUGUAGCCACUGUUUCUGAGCACUCCUUUGACGCAAAGAAUGACGAAGCUGUUGAGUUUGACAUGCGAAUGGAAGCAAAUGAAACACACGCCGAAGUAGAACUGCACAACUUGGCCUGGGAGUGUGCCUUUGGUCGAGAUGCAGGACUCUCUGCUGACAAGUCCCUUGCUCUGCAUAUAGAGCGAGGCUCGGCUGACACGAGGCAGUUUGACACCAUUCCUUACCCCUGGCAGACUGCCAGCAUCCUCAGGGAUUUUGAUGCCUUCUGGAGCCACCUGGAAACCCUUACCGACAGACUAGAUGGACCACAGUAG